GUCCUCGUUUAUGUACCUAUUUUAGAAUUCCUUAGUCUUCUAAGUCUUGAAGUAUUUCGAAUGUCUUUUGAAUUUCCACGUUGAGAAAAUUGUGAACUGUGUUGGCCCCUUUUUAUGCGUUGUCAAAGUCGGGACUCGAAUACGAUCCUUGUCGAUCCUUAGACCCAGCCACUUUGGUUGAGUUGUUUGUUGAUGACGCCGGGACCAGAACUGGCGGUCCCUCUCUGAGCUCCAUUCAAUAAAUAAAUUCUCCUAAAGAACUAAUCUUGAUCUUUCUUAAGGAAAUAAGUUACACAAAAAGAAAAGUGCCGAUGACGAUGUUUUAAUUCAUUCCGAUGCUCCCACGUAUUGGACCGAGCUGACGAUAAGGCAAACCCGUCGCGUUGUGCAGCCGCACCUGCAUCGUCCGCAACGUCACCGCCCUACCUAUUUAGCGUAUUUCCGUACUCACAAACUACACCGACAAUCCAAAUGCUUGUAGACGACUUGAAUACCUAGCGAGGUACCGACAGAAACAUAUUUUGUUUCUCAUACAAACAAAGAUAGACUUACCUACCGAACUACUAAGCAAUAAACAACAUCAACCUCAAGUCCGCGACAAUGUAUCUCUCGAACACCAUGCUCAGCCUCCCGCCCUCCCUCCUCGUCCUCCUCGCAGCCGCGACCCAAACACUUGCGCAACAUCACCCGACAGCAAUCCGCAAGAUGUCCCUCGACGAGGGCGAGAAGAUCUUUCCAGAAUACUACGCCUUCGGCCCCGCGCCGGCGCAAGUGCUCCCCCGACAAGACUCCGAAGAGCUCCUUCUCUCCGGCAACAGCUCCGCCGCCGUGCCGUUCCUUCCCCCGUAUCCGCGACACUUAGACUAUCACUACCGUUCACCGGAACCACGAGCAGCAGAAGCAGAGGGGCAAGGACAAGAUGGGGAGGACUAUAACGAAGGAGUGAGCGAGUUUCGACGUAGCCGCGACAUCCUAUCCAAACUCCAAGGCCGGCAGUUUGCAUGUCCGUCCGACACCCACAGCUGCACGAACAUCGACCAACCGAACUACUGCUGCGCAAGCCGCACCACAUGCUUCGUCGUCACGAACGCGCCCGAAGCAGGAAACGUAGGCUGCUGUCCCGUCGGGCAAAACUGCGGCGUAACAGUCGGUGCAUGCGCAAGCGGCGCCACAGCCUGUCCCGCCAACGUCGGCGGCGGGUGCUGCAUCGCGGGCUUCGUGUGUGCGGAAGUAGGAUGCAUAGCAAGCGCCGUCUCAGUAAUAACCCAAAGCAGCAGCCUCACCUCCCCCAUGACCACCAUAUCGCCAACGACCCAAAUAAUAACCACAACCGCAACCGUCACAAACCCCACCACCAUCACCGCCUCCGGCGGCAUCCCGCCCUACCGCCCCACAAGCGGGUCUUCCGCUCUAACCACCACCCCCCCUUCCUCAUCCCCUACACCCAGCACCUCGUACUGCCCGACGGGCUUCUACCCCUGUCUAGCCCGCGCCGGAGGCGGGUGCUGCCGCACCGGGCGCGACUGCAGCACGACGUCGUGUCCGGCGGCGGCGCCGAGCACCACGAUUGUCAACGCGAACGGCGCGACGAUCGUGGUGCCGCUGAGCGAUGCGCAGGCGGUGGCUGCCACGGCAACCGCGACGGCGACGUGUGCGGCGGGUUGGUUUAUGUGUGGCGAGGGGGCGGGGCCGACGCCGGGGUGUUGUCCGGAUGGGUAUGGGUGUGGCACGGCGAGUUGUACGCUUAGUGCGAGUACGGCUACGGCGACUGUGUUGAAGGAGUUGCCUAGCUCGGGGGGGGUUGGACGCGGGUGUGGGUUAGGUGUGUGGGGGUGGGUGAAUGCUGGGGUUGUGGUGGGGGGUUUGGUUUGGGGGUUUGUUUGAGUGAGGUGGUGGUUUGAAAUACUGAUUGCAGGGCUGGAGACCAGUUAUUCCCUAAGCGACGAGACCAUCGAAAGAAAGGAAGACGGAACAUAGACUCGGGCAGAGCGAGAGAGACAGAAAGAGAGACAUCAUAGAAGGGGCCAUUGCAUAUAGAUCGAAGAGGCAACGCAGCAUUUGCGAAGGAAGCGCUAUUGCAUUUACAUUCACAUCAGCAUGGGACGGAGUUAAAAGCAUUACGAUUCUUAUUAGAUGAGAACAUGGUUUAUUGAUCAGUCAUAUUUCAAGUUCGACGGAGUUUUUACAUACAUAUUACGUAUAUUGCGUGGUCCCACUUGCGCAUAUGUGGCUGAAAGAGAAUGGAUAGG